AUGCGGCCUCUAUCUCCAGCCGUGUUGAGGCUACUUGAAGAGGUGUCUGAAGUUGCAGACCCUCUGCCAGGUGGCAUCUCCCAACGAAUGCUUGAAGUUAUGUAUAAAAGUGAGAUUCUCUGGAAGUCUUCUCUCCCUAGCCAGAUGGCGGUUUUCAAGUGUGCUGCCGACAUCGUUGUGAAGGCAAUGCAGAAUGUGGAUGAUGACACGGAAUAUACCACGCUACAAUAUCUUGAGCAUCACAAGCCGACAAUCCCAGCUUCGAGACCUCUAGGAUAUGUGCAAAUGAGUGGGAUAACACUCAUUUUUCAGACCUAUAAGCCUUCAAUGACCCUUGCAGCAGUGUGGUCUCAACUGGAGAGUAGCCAAAAGGCCUCCAUCAGAGAUCAGCUGAAUGUGAUCAUGUCAGAUCUAAGGUCUAUAACUUUCCCUGAUGGGUCAGCACUUGGGGGAGUGGCCGGUGAAGGUUGCAAAGACAUUAGAAGACAUCUUCGACGGAGUGAGAAGCCAAUUUGGAGUGCCAGCGGGUUUGAAGACUUCUUAUCCUCAAGCCCUCAUUCUGGUGGUCAGGUGUUUGUCGACCUCCUUUGUCAACUCUACCCGCAUCAACCCGAAAAAAUGAAGAUUGUCUUCACACAUGGUGAUCUCCGACCAGACAACAUUACAGUGGACAUGGAUGAGCACAAUCAGUGGGUUGUCACUGGACUCCUUGAUUGGGAGUAUAGUGGCUUUUACCCAGAAUAUUGUGAAGCCUUCGAAUGCACCAACUGCAUAACCCCAUAUGAGGAGGAUGACUGGUAUCUGUUUUUGCUAGAUUGUAUCUCGUUAAAACGAUAUGCUCAUUUGUGGCUCCUCAACCGAGUUAGAGAGACCAGGGUUGUGUAA